UGGAAGAUACUUAAGUACCCAAAAUUUCAGAGUCCAGUCUUCACUCUGGGAGGAGGGCAUUCAAGACGCUUUACCCUCAACCCAUGGCUCUGCCGGGCUCCUCACCGGCCCAGACUUGGAGCCUGGAGCCUCCGGUUCCCACAGCCUCUUUGCCUUUGGAACCUCAGGAGCAGGAGGGGCCUGGGAGCUCUGGAGCGUCUGGGAGACUUCCACUGGAGAAGGUGAAGCGGCCCAUGAACGCCUUCAUGGUGUGGAGCUCUGUUCAGCGCCGCCAGAUGGCGCAGCAGAACCCCAAGAUGCACAACUCAGAGAUCUCGAAGCGCCUGGGCGCGCAGUGGAAGCUGCUGGGCGACGAAGAGAAGCGUCCCUUUGUGGAGGAGGCCAAGCGUCUAAGAGCCCGCCACCUACGCGACUACCCCGACUACAAGUACCGACCUCGGCGCAAGAGCAAGAACUCAAGCACCAGCUCUGUCCACUUCAGCCAAGGAAGAGGUGGCCUGGCAGGUGGUGGCCCACACUGGGGACCAGGGGACACAACCAUCCAAGGGAGCAGGGGCUUUGGGUACCAGCCCCCCAACUAUUCCACAGCCUAUCUACCUGGCAGUUACACCUCUUCCCAUUGUAGACCGGAGGCCUCCUCGCCGUGCUCCCUCCCUCAGAGUGAUCCUAGGCUCCAGCAGCAGCUAAUGACCUCUUUUCCUACCUACCUAUCCCCGGGCUCUACCACUCCAUACAACACUUCCCUUGCUGGUGCCCAAUGUCUGUAACCCACCUUUAACUGGCUGGGAUAUCCAGGGCCAGCCCCAUAGACCAAUCCCUUUCUAGUUCAGAGGCC